GUGGUCUUAUCACAGCUGUUGUCUCUGUGUGGAAGCAGCGAGUCGUCGGACCCUCGCCUCUCUUUCUCACCCCGACCCUCACUCGUGUUGACAGUUAUGGAGGCCUGUCUCGCCCCCGGGUGUCCGGAUGCCCCCCCAGCGGAGGCCCUGCAGCUGGACCUGACGGAGGACUUGGCCCAGCAGCUGGAGGACAUCAUCAGCACCUACCAGGCGGAGGAGACGCCCGACGUCCCCGAACCAGAGGACGGAGAGGAGGUCUCCCCCUCCAGAGAGACCCCCGGCUCCCGCAAGGAGCAGAAACUGGAGAAGAAGAUGCUGAAGAACCUCGGGAAGGAGGCCAUGCUGCUGAUGCAGAGUCUGAACAAACUCAACACCCCCGAGCAGAAGCUGGAGGCCAUCAUCAAGAAACACGCAGAGCUGCUGGAGGAGCACCGCGGGGACCAGAAGCAGAUGAAGAUGCUGCAGAAGAAGCUGCUGCAGGUGAUGAAGGAGAAGGAUCAGCUGCAGAGCGAACACAGCCGGGCGGUUCUGGCUCGCAGUAAACUGGAGGGUCUCUGCCGAGAGCUGCAGAGGCACAACAAGACCCUGAAGGAGGAGACGCUGCAGCGCUGCCGGGAGGACGACCUGAAGAGGAAGGAGAUCACGACGCACUUCCAGGGAACGCUGAGCGAGAUCCAGGCGCAGAUCGAGGAGCACAGCGGCAGGAACACGAAGCUCUGCGAGGAGAACAGCUCGCUCGCCGAGAAGCUCAAAGGCCUCAUCACGCAGUACGACCAGCGGGAGGCGAACCUGGAGAAGGUUUUCAAACACAGAGACCUGAAGCAGAAGCUCCUGGAGACGAAGCUGACGCAGGCCAACGUGAUCCUGAAGGAGACGGAGGAGAAGCACAAGCUGGAGAAAGAGCUCCUGCUGAAACAGACGGCGGAGUUUAGAUCCAAAGUGAAGAUGUUGAAGGAGCAGGAGGCGGGAAUGAAGAUACAGCUGGAGAUGUACUCGGAGAAGUUCAACGAGUUUCAGGGAACCGUGUCGAAGAGCAACAGCGUCUACAGCGGCUUCAAAGUGGACAUGGAAAAAAUGGCGAAGAAAAUGAAGAAGCUGGACAAAGAGUGCCAGUCAUGGAAGAGUCGCUUCGACGGCUGCAACAAGAGCCUGCUGGACAUGGUGGAGGACAAAACCAUCAAGGAGAAGGAGUUUGAGCUCAUCAUGGUGAAGAACCAGAAGCUGGAGAACCUGUGCCGGGCUCUGCAGGGCGAGAGGAAGACUCUGUACGACAAGGUGCAGGGAAGAGGAGGAGGCGCUCCCGACUCCACGGAGAAGGAAACACCGGCGGAGAAACAGGACGUCCAGAAACAGGAGGUGCAGGAGGUCCCGAAAGAGAAAGUCCAGGAGGUCCAGAAAGAGGAGCUCCAGGAGGUCCAGAAAGAGAAGGUCCAGGAGGUCCAGAAAGAGAAGGUCCAGGAGGUCCAGAAACAGGAAGCUGCAGCUCGUCCGGCUGAAACGCUGCUGAGCAAACAGCGGGAUAAGCUGAAGGCGGAGCAGAGCCGCCUGCAGGAGAUCUUCCUCAUCUCCCACACCAUCCCCACAGAGACUGAUAGCCAAUCACAGGAGCUCCCUGAGGAGGAGGAGGCGGAGUACAAGGAGGAAGAGGAGAAGAAGGAGGAAGGCCAGGUACAGAGAGACCUGGAGAUGGAGUCUGUGGAUUAAUGUGGAGGAUAAUGUGUGAGAUUCAUAUCAAUAAAAGAGUAAAACUGG